CCAUCUCUGGUGCCAUUCUAGAGGAAGAAGCCAGAAUACACAGUCAGCUCCGGUACCACUCUAUCAAACCAUUGAAGACGAACGAGACAACACAACGGGUUAGCGUCAUAUCCUAAGAAAUCAACUCCCAAUAACUAGAACACAAGGAUAAACAAGAUGAAGGCUGUGCAUCCUUGCAUUCCGCUUCUGCUGUUCAUUAUGGUAUCUUGUGGAAUGAAUCCUGUAUUUGGUGCAAAAGACGCAGAGAGCUCUGAAGUUUUAAUACGUCAGAAGCGAGACGAGGAACCACAAUAUCUAGAUGAAAUGUAUUGGUCUGGUGAGCAAGACCGAUGGCCAACACUGGAUGAGUAUUCUGGCAAAAGAAGGCGAUCUAGUAAAAGGGCAAACAGUAUCCUAGAUAAUGAGGAAAGAUUGGAACAUCUUGGAAGACGGGAAGAUUUAGAGGGAAAUGUGAUCUAUGGUACUAGCCCGUUAGAAACGAGGAAAAGAACAGGUGCUCACAUCAGCCCCGAAGAAGACAAGGAAUACAUUUUGAAAAGAGAGAACAUAGAAAAGAGCCUGUACGAUCUCCUGUCAUCCAAAUCCCAGUUUCCUACCGAGAGAAGAAACAAGGACGACCUGAACGAUUUAUACCUGGCAGCUGAGCUGCUAAAAAGACACCGAGUGCCACGGGGUUUAGAUGAUUCUCCUCAUAAAGUAGUCUCAGGUCGUGAAAAUGAUAUUCAGCAGCUGUCUGACAAAAGAGUCCAGCGUAAUGAUCGUUUCGGGAAAGAUGUGAUUCAAUCCUGAAAUUAAAAUCAUUUAAUUCCGCGGUCUUGCACCUACCAUGGCAAUAACUUUUAGUCUUUUCUUCCUAUGGCAGGUAUAAAUAACAAAUAACAUUAAAUAGCCAAAGUAGUGAUCUAAAACUAACAGGAAAAUAAA